AUGGACAUUAUAAAAGAGAUUGUCAGAAAGCUAAAAGGGAAUCGUUUAACAGAUUCCAACCAAAAAGGUUUCAACCAUGAAAAAACAAUAAUAACAGAACAUCAUCAUUCAGAGGAGGAAGAGGAAAGUUCCAAAAGGGAAGACCUUUCAGAACAAAUAACAAUAAUAACCGAUCCAAUAAUAAUAAUCGAAGAUUCAAUGGACAAAGGACUAGAAAUAUUCAAUUCGGAAAUAACCCACAAAGAAACAACAAUUUUAGAAACAAAAAA